CUUUUUCCUCUUCACACGCACCUUUCUCCGUCCACUGUUUGUUAUUUACUUUCUCUUUACAGUGGGGCAAUCAGGAUGCAUAUUUUAUUCCACUGUCCUCGCCUGAGUUCUGAAAAGUUCAGCUUGACAGUGUCCAAGAGUGAAAAUGUCCAAGCUUUGCGUCAUUCCGUAGCUGAAAGGUAUCAAGUUGAUCCCUCCACCGUCCGGUUAUUCGCCCUGGGCAAAAUGCUCAUGGACGAGUGCGCAGACGGAACUUUGGCAAAGUUGUUUUUAACAUAUGGUGUCAAGGAGAAUGCACUUGUGCUUGUACAAGUAGUUGACAAGAACCAAGAAGAAGCGCUGGUUCCUGGAAAGGACGAUACUCAAGCACAGAAAGACGAAGAAAAUAAUGACGACAACAAAAAGGAAAGAGAGGACAAGAGUGACGUUCAAAAGGGACAGCUACAAAGCAAUGUUAAGGAGGAAAAGGCUGUAAUUGCUGCGGAAGCAACGAUACCAUCAUCAACAGCGACAGAAACAGCGUCUGCAAAUACGAGCGAGCAAGCUACGGACGAAUCUAAAACUUACCAGUGCAAAACAUGCCAUAACGAUGACAAAGUAAAGGACUGUAGCGAAUGCGGCUGCAUAAAAUGCUUGAAGAAAUCGGGAGAUCCUUUGAUCUGCGAUCAAUGUGAAGGCUACUGGCAUUUGGAGUGCUGCGGUUUGAGCAAGGUGCCUGAAGAACAAUAUUGGUACUGCCCACUUUGCGUGAACAAGGAUGGCGAGAUAGUCAUUAACUCUGGCAAAGCAGUCGAUAUGUCCAGCUCCAAAAAAGCCAAAUCUCGCGGUGCUCAGCAAACGAAAAACUGGGGUGGUGGUGUCUCUUGUGCAGGUCGAAACGCAGAGUGUGUGAUUGUGCAUAAGGAUCAUGUCGGUGCGAUUCCGGGCAUCUACUGUGGCCAAUCCUGGCAGUAUCGAAUGCAUGCAAGCGAGUGGGGUGUCCAUAGACCUCCUGUUGGUGGUAUUGCCGGUACAGAAUCAUCCGGUGCAGUGUCAAUUGUACUCUCUGCUGGCUACGACGACGAUAGAGACAAUGGCAAUGAAUUCUACUAUACGGGCAGCGGUGGCCGUGAUCUAUCCAACAACAAGCGACUAGGAGGCCAUGCAACCGACCAAACAUUGACACGCUUCAAUCUGGCAUUGGCAUCUACGUGUGCGGCCAAGGUUGAUAAAACAAAAGGCGCAAAGGCUGCAGACUGGAAGAAAAGCCGACCGAUCCGUGUCUGCCGCACAUUCGCACUCAAGAAACAUAACCCAACCUAUGCACCUGAUGAAGGUGUACGCUACGAUGGACUGUACAAGAUUGUAAAGUACUGGCCUGAGAAGGGCAAGAGCGGAUUCACAGUUUGGCGUUUCUUGAUGCGUCGCGACGAUACUGAACCACCACCAUGGACGCCCGAAGGCAAGAAGCUGAUCAAAGAGCGAGGCUUGCGGAUGAUUAUGCCGGACAGCAAAAAGACCAAGCAACUCGUGCAAUACAAGAUACCCAAAAAAGUGCUUGGCUUGAUGGAUGCUGACGCAGCGGAUAAGCGCGUGUGGGAGGACAUCAAGUCUCAGGUGUUUUGGUCCGAAUACGAGUUGUUACACUAUGUGUUUUCUGAUGCGGUUGUUUGCUCGAGUGGCGCAUGCAGUGUUCCUAUCAGCAAUCCGAUCACCACCCCGUGUGGCCACAUUUGCUGCCUAAAAUGCUUACGACGCGAUAACAGCAACACAUGCUUCAGCUGCCGCUCAUCACUCCCAGACGAUAUUGCCACUGCUGCACAUGUCAACCAUAAGCUCAUUGCUGUGCUGAAAGCACUCAAUUCAGCAUAUGUCGAUACAUCGUUACGUGCAUCCCCUUCUUCUUCUGCCUCCUCCUCUUCUUCAGCAUCGUCAUCAAAAACACGAAAAACUAUCCCAGCAAAACGAUCAUCCUCAACUCGACAGAGUGCCCAAAAGGCUUCCCGACGCAUGUUGCUCAACGACGUUGAAAACUCGUUAUAAACUUUGCAUCUAUUACAUACAAACUCUUUAUUGGCAAAAAAAAAGACCUACAUAAACGCUACUACAUAAUUUGCU